UUUCACGCUAAUAUCUACCAAAGAGCCUCAAAUAUUAAGCGCCUGACUUGACAACCCGGCAGUAGACCUGGGUUGAAUCCGCUAGUUAUUUAAGGCCCUCGCCGCUUCAAUAUCUCAUCGCGCCACCCCACGCAACUCAUCUUGAUCGGCAUCCUCCAGGCGGCCGCGCCAUCAAUGGCAGGCCCUCCCCUCAGCACAGAGGCAGCCGCCUCGAAGCUCUCGCAGCAGCAGCAGUUAUCGACGAACCGGCCGUCGGUCCCAGCUCCAAGCAGCAGCAACCCACCAGCAAGACCUUUACAAUCUACGACACCCAUACCAGUUCCACUUCCCAUAACCUCUAUUUCACGGGAGCAGCCGCAGCCGCAGCAGCAGCCCCAAAUCCCUUCGCGCUCCUCGUCGCCAGUGCGCCCGACAUAUAGUCCGAUCACACCACCUUUGAAGGCCACCACGUUCCCGCCGCGACCAACGCACACCCACAGCUCGCACGUCGACGCAACCGCCGCGCCAGCACCAGCGCCAGCGCCGAUAGAUUUCGACUCGAAUCCGGAUGUACUUGCGCUCAAAUCUGCCAUCUCUAUCCUGCAGAUGCAGCGCAGGAAAGCAGAGAAAGAUAUGGCGACGCUAGACAGGGUGAAACGCACCGCGCUCGCCGAGCCCGAAGCCUUCGUCCGUGACCUGACGGCCGGGCGGAUACAUGUCGAGGGAGAAAACCCAUUCGCUAGCAGCGCAAAAGACGAAGAUAGCGACAGCAACGAUGAGGAUGAUAAUGAUGGGGAUGACUCUAUCCAAAAGAAGAAAGAUGCGAAGCACUUCCCAGCCCAACCAGAAAUGGCAUCAGCAUCAGAGAAGCCUAGUACGAAAGCAGUACCGCAAUGGGUUUCGAUUCCGAAGCCGCAGAAUAUAGUCCGCUGCCCACCCAUCAACUGGUCUCAGUAUGCCGUAGUUGGUGAGUCACUAGACAAGCUGCACAACGAGCAAGUCCAGCGUCCAGCGCAAGGUGCACCAGCCGUGUUAACGCCCGACGGCCGUUUCGAGUUCAAGGGUGGUGGCGAUGGGAAGCAAGAGCGGUACAUCGGCGUCGCGGCGCCCUAUGCGCCUGGUAAAGACAAGAUCGAUGCGAAGUCGGGAACGACACCCUUGAAACGGUGAUCACGCGCGUAGCAUGUCUAUGCAAUAUAUGGCGACGAAGCGAUUUUGGGUUGGGAGAUCGGGCUUUCAUCGUCGACUGCCCCUGUGUUUUGUGCAAUAAUAUGAGGUGAAUAAUGAGGAAUGGUCAUCAUGUUAUGGCUAUCAAGACAUGUUCGAAUGCUCCAAUAUGAACUAGAGCGCCUCUCUGUCAUCAACAAGAAGAAGAGAUGAGAUAAGACGAGACAAAGUCAGAGCCAUGAAUAAUGAUAGAUGCUGAGUUCUGAGGUGCUAGGCGCAAUAGGGGCUUGUAUCAAAUGAAUUUCUGUUCAAUCUAUGUAUGAGACGAGAGUGCUUAUAUUGCGUAAAACACUGCAUUAAUUGGUAGGACUAGGCAUUCGCAUAGUUCUCAUAGCACGUAGUGUUUCGGCUGUACAUAC